CCCUGAGCAAUGAGCGACCGCCACCUGACGGCGAAGGGAGAGAACUGGGUUUUUGUUGUUGUUUUCCACUCUCGCAUCGUGGCCACGCACGUGAACAACAAACAACAUUCAAUAGUCUCGUCAAUUUCGGCCCGAAUUUCGCGCACAAAGUAGUUGUUGGACGGACAAGUGGCUGAAUCAAACGCCCAAAUAACAGAUUCGUGAGUUCAGAUCACCUUUGCAGACAUGUACGAUAAAAUAACGAAAAUAAUACGGCAUCGAAAAUUCGCCUCGGAUCGCAUUCGAGCGGUAGCAGCUGAUUGCGGAGUGAAACUCGAGCCAGACUUCGAGCUUAAUCAUUUUCCUCAGUUGUCAACAGACGUGAUUGCGAAAAUUGUGCUCAAACUGAUGGCGAAAAAAUGCACCAAACUUGUGAGGGAGAAAGAGGAAAUGGCAGUCCUGAUGCUCCCAGUCCUUAGCCUCUUCCUCGCCAUGAGGCCCGCAAAAAUUGAUCUAACCGCCUUUCUUACGUUUUGUCCGAUGCGUCUGAAAUGUCGGUAUUUCAAAGAGGCUGUGAUUCGAAUCGCUACGAAGAACCCGGAGGUGGAAGAGUUGUCUCUGGCCACCCUUGCAAAUCGAUUCUUCCUCACAAUUGAUAAAGUAGCCGAUGCUGAGCUGUUGGAAGCUCUGGGAAAAUUAACCCACCUUAAAUCUCUGAGAAUUGAGGAAAUUUUUGAGUUUGGAUUGGUCGACGUGAUUGAUCUUUGCCAAAAACUUCCGCAUCUCGAAAACCUCAAAAUUGUGCUGGAAAGAGAAACGACAGACCUCGACCUUGAAGAACUGAAGAUCGCCGAGAAAAUGAAAACUGCUAUGUCAAAGCUAAAAGUUUUCCUUUUUGACACGCGUGGAACCAACACCAGCCUGAUCAAUCUGUGCACUGAGCAUCUGCCCAAUUUGCGAGUCAUUGGCGACUUUUCGGACGGAUUCAGCAGUUUUGACGACUGCAACACGAUGGCUGACAUCGCCCGCGCUCCUGGAACCUCUGAUCUGCGCCAUUUGAUGUUGGAUUUUGAUUCCAUAGAAAGCUGCGAUGAGAUACAGCUUGCUAAGUUUCCUCUGGCUCGUCAUCUCAUGAUGAGCAUGUGGCCGGACGACGAAGUUGAGGAUCAAUUCUUGAAAUCUUGGCUGUCGCAGCUGUCAAACUUGGAAAGUUUGCAGAUUGAAUUUCUUGUCCCGCCAGACGUAAUUCGCCGGUUUCUGGAAAAAUUCGGACCGAGUUUGAGAGCCUUGUAUAUUAUAUACGGCAUCAAUGAUCCCAACGAAACGAACUUGUCGUUCAGCGAUAUUUUCGCUCUCUGCCCAAAGUUGGAGCGCCUCUACUUGGGCGGGAACAUCCUUGAAGAUGAGGCACCUCUCACGUCUUUCAGCCAACUAAAAGAAAUUGGAUUGGAAUUUUUUCAGUCCUUUAAUAACCGAAUUAAACUGAGUGAAAUUCUGCAAGCGCCCCUCUUGGAAAAAAUCACGUUUUUCGGAUACUGUUUGGACUUGGAAGAACUGAAGAAAACCACCGCUUUAGUAGCCGAUAAGAAAAUCUUGAGAGGAUUAAAAACUCUACAUGUUAGAUACAUUUUGCGUUCAUUCAGAGACUUGGAUGUAGAAUAUUUCCAAGCAAUUUCUUCGUUCAUCAAAUGUGCCGUGGCAUCGAUUCCCGGUUUAAAAGAUGUAAAAUUCGACGUGAAUGGCUUGUGCAGUGGCUACUCAGUGCUGGCAAGGAGCAUCAGGGAUGGAAAAACUCAAAAUAAUGAUGUUCCUGGCGUCACCGAAUUUUUCGCGGGACAAACCAUCGAUGACGAACUAUUGAAUUUGUACGUGGAUGAAGAGUUGAUUCAAAUGCUUGAUAAAUUUUUUUAAUGGUUGCCAUGUGCUUUCAUAUGUUAGUUUUUUAUGGUUUUUAAUAAAAUGUUCAAAAGAAA